UUAUUUUUGUCAAGAUUUUUUUUAAUUAAAAUCAGUGCACAGCCGAACAUUAUACUCAUGGACAUAUAAUUUACAUUCACAGCAAAAGAAAACGGAUUAUGUUAAUGUAAAACGUAUCUAGGUUGUAAAACAUCGCUUUGUACUCUGCCCAAUCGGCUUUCCGUUUGAAAAUGGUCGACCCAAUAUAUCUAACAAAAGAAAUAGAUAAAUAAAAAAUUCUCAAUAUUAUAAUUAUAUAUAUAUGUAUGAUUGAAUAUAAAUUUUUAUAAAAAAUAUUUUUAUCUUAACUUCUACAAAUAAUAAUAAAAAUUUAACAAAAAAUAUUUUUAAAUAUCAUUUACAUUUUAAAACUGUUAUUUCUGCACAUGAUGCAAAAACACUUACUAAUAUUGAAACCAUCUACGGUUGACUCUACUACGUGUCACCAAUUAAAACCAGUAAAACUUAAGUUAAUUGCGGCGAUCAUUUAGUUAAUAAAAAAUUAUUAUAACAAAAAUGUCGAUUCUACUAAGUGUCACUAAUCAAAACUAAUAAAAGCUAAGUUAAAUUGCGGUGGAUACUUAGUUAGUAAAAAAAUUAUUACAGCAAAAACGUCGACUUUCCAAUCAAAACCAAUAAAAGCUAAGUUAAACUGCGGCGGAUACUUAGUUAAUAAGAAAAUUAUUACAACAAAAAGGUUAACUCUACUACGUGUCACUAAUUAAAACCAAUAAAAUCUAAGUUAGAUUGCGGCUAUUACUUAGUUAAUAAGAAAAUUAUUACAACAAAAACGUUAACUCUACUACGUGUCACCAAUUAAAACCAAUAAAAUCUAAGUUAAAUUGCGGCGAUUACUUAGUUAAUAAGAAAAUUAUUACAACAAAAACAUUAACUCUACUACGUGUCACCAAUUAAAACCAAUAAAAUCUAAGUUAGAUUGCGGCGAUUACUUAGUUAAUAAGAAAAUUAUUACAACAAAAACGUUAACUCUACUACGUGUAACUAAUUAAAACCAAUAAAAUCUAAGUUAAAUUGCAGCGAUUACUUAGUUAAUAAGAAAAUUAUUCUAACAAAAACAUCAACUCUACUAUUUGUCACCAAUCAUAACCAAUAAAAGCUAAGUUAAAUCGCGGCGCUACACAGGAGAGAGCUUGACUGUGACAGACAAUGGCCGUUCCAAGGGAAGUCAAUGCGAUGGAACAAAACAAUGUUGACUGUGAUAUUGCUGUUGAAUACGAGUUUUCCUCGCUUCUCGGUGCCUUAGCCGCCGCAGCUGAGUUCGGUGACGUCGUCGCCUUGGGCACAGCCAUUGACACUAUGCAUGGGUUUACUGACGAGCCACUUGAGAAUAAUGACACGGCACUUCACUUGGCGUGUCUAUAUGGUAACCUCCCUUGUGUUGAGCUUCUCCUGGAAAGAGGAGCUGAUAUGGAGGUUAAAGAUUUAUAUAGAGCAACUCCUCUACAUAAUGCUUGCGAUGGGGGAUACUUAGACAUAGUAGAGUUUCUUUUAAGCCGAGCUAGUGGUCCUGAAUGUGCGAAGAGAAUGAUUGAAACAAUCGACCAACAAGGUGACACUCCUCUGCAUAAUGCAGCGAGAGGUGAGUAUGUCGAUGUGGUUAGGCUUUUGCUAAGUUCAGGGGCUUCACCAACGACUAAAAACUCCAGCGGGAAGACACCAGGUGAUUUAGCUGGUAUAAACAGUGAGGCUAGGAGGAUCCUCGAAGUUGCGGUUGGCAACUCAUCAAUCUCCUAGUGAUCCUGCAAUCUGCAAAAUUCUUAGGCCUGUGAAGUUGGGCCUUAUCUUCUUCUUCUUUUUUUAUCUUAUUAUUGACUAUUUUUAUACAAAGGAUUAUAAUCUUUUUUUUUUUUUGAAACUACAAAGGAUUAUAAUCUUAUACCAAUGAAUUAUGAACAUCAUGUCGGUUUCAGUUUAUGAAGAUUGUUAUCAGAUUAAUAGAUUUGAAUGUGUUCUCUCGUUAGCCUUUAUAUAACAAAGGUGAACAGGACCUUUCUGAA